AUGUCUAAACAUCGUGAAUGGGAUCCAACUUGUAAAGUAUAUAUUGGUAAUUUAAAAAGCAAUGCCAAUAAAUACGAAAUAGAAGAUUUGUUUACAAAGUAUGGUCCAUUGAAAAAUAUUUGGAUAGCAAGGAAUCCACCUGGUUUUGCAUUCAUAGAAUAUGAAGACCCACGUGAUGCAGAAGAUGCAGUCCGUGGUUUAGAUGGAACAAGAUGUUGUGGAUCCAGAAUUAUUGUUCAAAUGUCAACUGGAAAACGGUCCAGAGAUAAAUCACCUGUACAUAGAGGACGAUCUUCACCUUCACGGCGAGGUUACCGUUCAUAUUCAAAAUCACAAUCAAGGAGUCGCUCACCAGUUUACAGAAGUAGAAAAUCUCGUUCAAGGUCUUAUUCUAGAGGAAAAUACUAA